AUGGAGCCGGUGCCCGGCGGCCGCCCGCCGCGCGCGGGGGUCUCGGUCUUUGCCUGCUACGACCGGUUGCGGCGCGAGAUCCAGGCGCUGCUGGCGGAGAACGAGGAGCUGACGCGGGUGGUGGGGCGGCUCAAGGAGCAGCGGCACCUGCGGCGCCUCCUGCACAGCCAGCGCGGCACGGCACCCGGCUCCGCACCCCCCCUCGCCCACGCCUCCCGCUCCAGCGGGGGACGCUUCACCUUCCCCAGCCCAGGUGGGGGCACGGGUGGUCCCGUGGCGAUGCCGGGCCGGAGGUGGGUGCCGCAGCUGCGAACAUCCCCCCUCUCCCCCAGCCAACGGCCCCAACUGGGAGCUGGCACCCCUGGAGCAGAGCCUGAUCUUCCAGACCCCCCCCCGGGAACCCCUCCAGGAGCAGCAGCCCCAGGACGGAACGCUGCCCACGCCGCUGCCCACGCCAAGCGGCACCGAUCCCUCCCGGUGACCGCGCUCGGCAGCCCCAGCCCCGACAGCCACCGCCUCUCCUGCCCCCUGGACCGCUUCGUCCCUGCCAGCCACCCCGCCGGCCGCCGGCAGCCCCCUGAGCCGCCGCGGGACUCCCCUGUGCCGGAGCCGAGCGGCCCCAGCCUGCGGCUGUUGGACCUGCAGGGGCCGGGGGCCGGGAUCCCCCCAUCCCCCCUCCCGCUGCCCCCCACUCCGGCAGAGCUGCAGCCGCUGGACCUGCAGCCACCGGCCGGCCGGCACAAGGAGCCCUGGCAGAAGGCGGCCCGCGAUGCCGACCGGCUCGCCUCCAGCCGGGAGCAGCCGCAGAGCUCCAGCCCGCGAGAUGGCCGGCACCCGGCGUGGGAGCAGCUGGUGGGUGAGAUCGCCUUCCAGCUGGACCGCCGCAUCCUCGCCAGCGUCUUCCCCGACCGCACCCGGCUCUACGGCUUCACCGUCGCCAACAUCCCCGAGAAGAUCAUGGCGACCGCGCUCAGCACCGUGCCGGCGGCCUUCGACGAGCAGCGCUGUGCCGCCGCGGCCCGGCGCUACAUCACCCUGAUGGGGCGGCUACGGGCGCUGGGCUACAGCCCCGCGGUGCACCCGGCCUUCGCCGAGUCCCUCGUCAACACCUACGGCAUCCUGCCGGAGCCGGCCGGCCCUGACGCCCGCGCCCACCGCAGCCUGGCCUUCCUACGCCACGUGGUGGCCGAGACGGUGCCACUGGCACUGCAGCCGGACACGAUGGUGCUGCUGGAGUGCCUGCAGGAGCUGGCGCAGGACGACGGGCAGCCCCUCUUCCUCUGGUGA